AUUUGGCGGCGCAUCGGCGGCGCGUGAGCUCAGGGAAGCAUUUCGAAGGAGCAAAAUGAGCUUUUGUUUGUCGUCUAUGACAAGAAAAACAUCCAAACGUUGUUGUCAUAUAAGUUGAGUGCGACACAGAGAGAAACCUCGUCCUGCUGCAGGCAGCUGAGCUUUGAUUCACUGCAACUCUGACACGCAGCAGCAAAAAACAUUUCACACUGGGAAACUGUCAGGAGACGCAGUGAAACAUCAUGACGACGCUGCUGGAUUUGAAGAGUAGUGUGCUGAGGCAGGUGCAGAGGAGCCAGUCGCUGAGGAGUCGACGGGAGCCGCCUCCCACCGCCAGCAGCCCCCUCACACACUGUCCUGACCCUUUACCUCGCAGGAUUUCAGAGGCGAGUGUGGAGUUCUUUGAGCGUAUGAAUGCCAUCCUGCAGAAACAGGAGAACAUGAUGCGGGCGGCCCAGGCUGAGUGCCAAAGAGGGGCCUGCACAGUGGCGCCGCCCCAGGAGCAUGUGGACCAGGCCUUUAUCCCCGACAGAAUCAGCAGGACUGAGCUGGACCUGCUUUAUGAAGAGGCUGUGUACACGGUGGUCAACAGGGUCGGAGUGCCUUCACCAGAACAUGUGAAGAGUGAUGAUGAGCUGUUUGCUUACCUGCGAAAGGUGUUUGAUAUGGGUGAGGAGGAACAUGACAUCAUUCUACAAAAAGUUCAAGAGGCCAAGCGAGCCAGUUUCUCCUUGAGAGUUUCUGUCAUGAAAGCGAAGAAUCUGAUGGCUAAGGAUGCAAAUGGGUACAGUGACCCCUACUGCAUGCUGGGAAUCCUGGUCGGCCAGAGUCCUCGGGAAACGGAGGAGAAGAAGGAGAGAAAGUUCAGCUUCAGGAAGCGGAGGGAGAAGCUGGAGAAACGCUCCAGCACCAAGGAGGUGUUACCUGCCAGGUGCAUCCAGGUGACCGAGGUCAAACCGGAGACUCUCAACCCAGUGUGGGACGAGCAGUUUGUGUUUGAAAUAGAUGAUGUCCACAAUGACCUCUUACAUCUGGACAUAUGGGACCAUGAUGAUGACGUUUCUGUUGCCGAGGCCUGCAAAAAGCUCAAUGAAGUCAGCGGACUUCGAGGAAUGGGAAGGUAUUUUAAGCAGAUAGCAAAGUCAGUGCGCUCCAAUGGCUCCGCUUCAUCAGGCUCCGAGGAGAACGCCGACGACUUCCUCGGCUGCAUCAACAUCUUUUUGAAUGAGAUCCCUGUUGUCGGCUACGACACCUGGUUCAAGCUGGAGCCUCGAUCGAGUGCAUCUAAAGUUCAGGGAGAGUGUCACCUGAUUCUGAAGCUCUUUACCAACCAGAGAGAUACAACUUUGUCUAAGAAGGACACAAAUGUCUCCAUUCACAAGAAACUGCUGAGCCAGAUUCUGGAGUAUGAGCACACUCAUGUGAAGAGAGAACCGUACAACUGGAACGGGCAGGUUUCUGCUCCAGCGUGGACUGUUCUAACUCACCAUGCUGUGCAAACUGAUCUCUCACCUCUCCAGCAGGCCAUUAUUCGUUGGCAGUGCUACAGCAGCCACCACCGGACCCAGAGGGUGUGCUACUCCCUGCUGCUGCGUCUCCUGAGGACCAUCGAUGCAGAGUGGGACCCUCCUGCAGUGCGGGGAGACAUGGAGAGGCAGCUGUCAGACAGCUUCAGGCUGUACACAGAGCACUGCCUGUGCCUGAUGAAGAACAUGCGUCAGGUUUUCCCCUGCACCAGCGCCGCUGCCAUUACACGCUACGAGCUCAUGCUGAGGGGGAUUGGCUACAUGCAAAACAUGCAGGCAUUUAAGACUGUGUGUCCUCUCCGCAAUGAGCUGCAUUUGGACAUCACUACUGCUGUCAAGAAAGGAACUGCUGAGUGGUAUGAGAGCUUAAUUGCGCGAUACAGACCAGAAGACGGGACUCUGGAGGAGCAGCUGAAGAAGCUGGUUCAGGUGAUCGAUGCCGUGUGUGCAGACGUCCAGAGGGCACAGAACAUCUACAACAAACUCUUCUACAGUGCUGUGAAAGUAGAUUUCUUCAGCAUAUCGUACAGGCAGCUGGAAAAACAGGCAGCUGAUGAUGUGAAUGUAGCGAUGGAGCGGGUGUGUGGGACUCUGGAGCAGGAGAGCUCCAGACUGACUCAGACAAUGGGAGAAAUCAUCUUCGAGCUCUUCAUGUCCUUGAAAAUCCUCAAAGGCUUCAGAGAGUUUCUUCCCCUCAAGGACGCUAAAAUGUUGGCCCUGACAGGUUUUCAUAACUGGUUCAAGUCCUCGAUUCAUAAAUGGCUGCAGAUCGUUCAUGACAGAUCCUGUGACAGGAUCCGUAUAGCCGUGGAAGCAGACAAGCUCGAGCCUCUGCAGCAAGCUAAGCACAGCUCCUCAGCAGUGGAAGUGACAGCUUGCUUCAGCCAGGUACGCGAGAUCUGGGUCCAGCUGGCCUGGCCAGACUCUGCGGGGGCCUUCAUCUUUGUCACUCGUCUGACAGACAAUUUCUGCAGCGAGGCAGUGUGCUACUCCGAAAUGAUAACACGGAAGAUUGAGAGGAACCAGCUGGGCCGAGAUCACAAGAGCUUCACAGUGCAGCUCUGCAUCGCCCUGAACAACGCUGAGCACGUGCGUGUUUUCCUGGGUAAUCUGCCCCGUGACCUGGACUGGCAAGGCGUGGAGCGGGCCAUGGAGGAGUCGUGCGGCGUGGAUGGGAAGGAGCAGGUUUACAAGGCUCUCAAUGGACAGCUGUUCAAUAUGGACCUGGAUCUACAGAGAGAAGCCAAACACCUCAUCACGCUGCUCACUGACAAGAUGUUGCCUGAGCUGCGGAGGUACAUCCAGCACAUCAGCCUGUCUCCGGACUCCAUCAACAAUGACGACGCUGUGUCCCCUCUCAUGAAGUACCUGCAAGACACUAUGGUCAUUCUCACUGAAAACCUUGUAAAGGAAAAUCUGAGCAGAGUUCUCCAGAGCAUGUGGGAGCUGCUGCUUCGAAUGAUCCUGGACGCCGUGACAGAAAACAGGGGCGUUCAGGUGGAGUUUUACAACCGCUUCCAGUACACAGUGGAGACCCUGUUGCACUUCUUCCAGGCUAAGGGAGAGGGUCUUUCCAUGGAAGACAUGAAGAGCGGAGACUACAAGGUCCUGGAUGAGGAGCUCAGGCUGAAUAAAUGUUCCUCCUUUGAGCUGAUUGAACAGUAUUAUCUGGAGAAAAUUUCCCACCAGAAAACACUCAAACACACCCGUUACGGUCGGAUCAGUGUGAAGUGCUAUUAUGAUGCUCCAGAGCAGAGACUGACAGUGGAGAUUCUGCACGCUGCUGAUAUUAUUGCACUGGAUGCUAACGGCUUGAGUGACCCUUUUGUUAUCGUGGAGCUCUGUCCUCACCACCUCUUUCCUAUGGCCAAGAGUCAACGCACACAAGUGAAGCUUAAGACGCUGCACCCAGUAUUCGAUGAGCUCUUUUAUUUCCAUGUCAGUCCUGAACAGUACAGACACAGAUUUGCCUGUUUGACCUUCAUUGUGAUGGACUAUGACUGGCUGUCCACCAACGACUUCGCCGGUGAAGCCAUCGCUCCUCUCAGCGACUUCUGCUGGCCUGGCAGACCAAACGCCUCACCGGCUGGGAAGAGCGUCCAGCCUGUCAUUUUGCACCUGUCUCGCAGUAAACCCAGUGAGAAGCCAAUCAUGAGGAUGCUGGACGCUCGCAUCGGAGACAGGGAGGCUCAGGAGUUUGUCCGCAGGCUGAAGGAGAUUGAGAAGUCAAUGGAGGAGGAGUAAAAGCUGUCAGUGCUGCCUGUAUUGCUGUUUUCUGACCACGUCUUGCGACAUGUGCUUUUGUACUGGUACAAUGUUUACAAUAUUUAGAUUAUUUUCCCCCAAUGUUAGCAUUUGUUCUGUAAUUAUACCAAAAUGAAAAGAAAAAGAGAGGAAGACAGUGAGGCUUGUCGCUGUUUUCUCCCUGGGAGAUAAAAGUCCUGUCACUGUGCAACUCUACGCUGUCUCAGUUAAACUAUAUUUUAGAAUUUAAUGGAUAGUUGAUCCUAAAUGUUACUAGUCUAUAUUUUUUGUAUUGAGGUAAUUGUUAUCUUUGUUGUAUAACCUUUGAUAUGAUAGAUUUAACAUUUUAGAAACUAUUUUGUGGAAGUAGCUUACAUAUCCAAAAGUAAUCAGAGUAUACCUCAGAUAUGCUUAGUUUGCAGGGGAGUUUAGCAGGUGUCACAUUCUUCACAGGCAUUGUGGAGCUAAAUUGCAUGAAAAUCUGAACCUGCAUUUAUUUUAAAACUUAUGUAGUGGCUUACCAACAAACAGGAUUAAAAUUGGAAAUGUCGUGAAGGAAUUUAGCUGUGGGGAGUUGAACUUUCUGAGAGUUGGUGCUUUAGGGCCAGUCAGACAGAUGAGCAGCAGGAAGGCUCAACACUCCCCCAAGGCCACGCCGCUGCUCGGGUUCAUUCAGCUUUGCAGAUUGCUCUUCCUGUGAUGGGUCGCUGGAGAAGCCAGAGAUGGUGCUACUAUAGCGGAGAGAAGACCGAUUCUUUUAACAGAGUUCCUUCUUGUGUGAUUAUAGCACUUAGAGUCAUGUUUAUGGUAAUUUAAGUGCAUCAUAAUUUAAAGUUGUAGGGGCCCGCUGCAUUGACAGAAACAGAUUAAUCUGUCAUAUGUGAAAGAGGAAAAUUCCUCUUUAGUUCAUACUGUUUUACUUUAUACAUUAUUUCAAGUUUUGGUUUAUGUCUUCACUUUAAUUUGGACCAAAAAUACAUUCAGCUAAAUGUCUUAAUAUUCACUGUAGUCAUGUACAUCUGCUUUCAGUUUGGCAAUCUUGGCUUAAGCAAGGAACAGAUUUGAAAGUUGAUUUAUUUAACAUGAUAUUUGUUUACAGAAUCCAAAGGAACACUUGAUUUGUGAAAGCACACAUUGCUUUUCUUUCUGGCUUCUCCUCUGCUGGUAGUAAUCAUUUGUAUUUUCAUGGUUGUGGAGAUCCACAAGGAAACCCUGAUGCCUGAUAAUUGAAAGGGAGAAAACACACCCCUGACGUCCCCAAAGAUAAUGCAGAAUGCAGCAUGUUAGAUGCCCUUAAGUUCAGAUGGUAAGAGCAUCAAGAACAUGUCUAAGAAGAAACCUAGCUAAUUACAGCUAAUGAGCACAUGUGGCGUUCAGGAAACUCUCAAAACAACCAUCAAAUGCCACAAAGCCUUUGUUGCUCCAACUUUACAUCGAUGCAGGCUCAUAACAGGCCUUCUGCAGGGCUGGAAAUUUGAGUUUGUGUCAUGCUGCGGAGCUUAUUCUCUGGAGGCAAAAGAGAAGACAGAAGGAUAAUGAACCUGUGCAGUGGCAUAAUUAUACUUAGGGGGACCGGUGAGCCCUCCCUGCCUGCAGCAGCUUCUCCCUGGACUGACGGGCAUAAUUUCAACUGUAGUUCUUGCCGAUCUCCCAAAACUGUGAUUAAAAGAUUGGGAUCUUGAUGUUUGGUUAUUUUUCUCAAUUUUGAGAUGAUGGUCAAACUGCCGCCUAGAAUCCAACCGCGCUUUUUCUAGUAAAAAACAUGAAAUUGUUGUACCAUUGUUAUGCAACCGAAAGCACAGAUUACAGCGAAAUAGCGGAGUUUCCUCGAUUUUACUGCCAGUAUUAUCAUAGCACAUCUAAAGGGCCUGUUUCCCAGAAUAAUCAGUUAUGUUUCCAAAAGGAGACUUUCUGAAAUAUAUAAAGUUUUUGGUCAUUUUGAUAAAUUAGUCAUGAAUCAAUGGCCGUAAUAUUUAUCAUUAGGGAAGCACUCGGAGAGUGCAGUACUCCGCCAAGGCUGUUCAUUCCCAUAUGGCAUUGUCAGAAAUGCAGCACUUUUUUUUUUUUUUUUUUUUAAGAAAUGCCACAUUUGUUUAUUAGUUAUUGAUUGUCAGAAAUUAUGGCAACAUAGAAUGUGGCCAUUUAAUAUAGAUGUACCCACAAACAAAAUGACCUUGCGCUGAGCACAGGCAUGUGUACGUUACAUACGGAUACCGAAUCAUGUGACCUAAAUAUGUAGGGGGCAGUGGGAAUUGAUGAGACUCGGAAACACCCUCACAAUUUAAUCAAUUGUUCCUUGUAUCAUUUCCGACGGAUAAGUCCCAAUAAGUCUGCAGUGGUUGAUUUUGUAGUAGGAUUGCAAUCAUGUGAUCGUCAGCAGGCAGCUGACAUAGUGUUCUCAUGUUGUCAUAGUUACAGUGAUGCCGUGUUGCUAUCUCGCAAUGAUACGAAAAUCCUUCACAAAUCUGUGGAUUCAGACUAUAAGCCGCAUCACUGCCAAAAUCUAUUGAGGUGGUCCUUGUGUCAUUUCUGACCUUCCCUGAAAAUUUCAUCCAAAUCCGUUUGUCCUUUUUUGAGUAAUGUUGUGCACAGACAGAUUCACAGACAAACGUACGCCGAUUGUCACAUAACUCCACCACGUUCCUUUUUAUAAGGGAGCCUCAUUAGAGAUGGAUGGAAGGGGAAUAAUAUAAUGGCAUAGAAACACAAAACAAAACAGUGAAAGAAGUAUUUUGGGGUUUUUAUUUAUGCUGUUAGAAAACUGGGCCUUAUUGUUAGAACUGUGGCUUAAAUUUUACAGUUAGAAAACAAACUGCCCGCAUUUAAUUUCUUUUUCUUAAAAAGGCACAAUUAGGCUUCUAGGAAGUGUUAAAUUUUUUUUGCACCAUUUUAGACAAGACAACCGGAUCCUUAAGUAGUAACAGAUGUAUACUGAGGAAACACUGAAUAACACUGUAGCAAGUACCGAGAACUUAGCACCAAAAUCUUCACACCGACAGCGUUUUGAUAGUGAUGUAACUUAACAGUAGCUGCUUGUGUUGUGCUUUGUCGUUCCCCCUGUAGAGUCGUGAGGAUGAAGCACGCAAAAAAACAAACAAACAAACAAAAAAAAACAUAUCUAUGCCUGGAGAGUGUGCUGCAUUUACAGGGACUGUUCAGGUGUCCAAGGAACCUGCCUUACUUACAGGAGCAGGGAGUUUUCUUUCUGUCCAUCUGAACAGCACUUGCUUUUAUGUUUUGUUUCUGUUUGUUCUGUUGUUUAAAGAUAUAUCAGGUAGAAUUUGUUUUAUUUUUUAAAAAAGACCCACCACCUCUGCUUUAUUAUAGAAAAGGAAAGUGUGAAAUUAAGCAAUGUUGCAAUUAUAUAUUCUCCGUAUUAUCUUCAAUCCCAGGACCAGAUGUUUACAAAGAAAGAUGCAACCUCACUUUAAAUAUUAAGCAUUAUUUAGUCAAAUAGAUCUAAUAUUCUACUGUAUAAUAAAAUCUAUUAGAGGAUCACAAAGCAGAAGUAAUCUAUGUCUUUCUUACAGCUUUGUAAGCUAAACCCAGUUUCACAAUAAUGAUUUUAAAUGAGAAAAAAAAAUAUUUUCCAAUACUUAUGGGAAGAAGCGUGUCCUUCCCCAUUAUUAUAGCUGUCUACAGUCCGUCACAGUAUUGUAAAUGUCUUUAUAUUCAGGCAGUCUGUUGAGUAUUAGUUGAGUAAACAAAUUUAUUCUGGUGAUUGUUUUUUUCAAAGUCCAGCAAAGUAUUUGAGUCUACAAAUGUUCAGUGAAGUAUUAGUAUUAACAUGGUGUUCAUUUCCUACACAAGCUAUAGUUUUUUGCUGGCCAUCACGUCAAAAACAAAAAAAAAAAAAGGCAAUGCCUUAAAAAUUCAGAAAACAUGGCGAAGCACAUCAGACUGAAUUUUAACAAAAAUAAAAUAAUCAUCACGACUUAUUUUCACGACUGUCAGAGCUGAACUCAUUUGAUUUUCACGUGAUCUAGAAAUACUAUCAGUGCUUGGUUUGAUGUCUGUCGUUCAGAUUUAAAAGGCAAACAGCUGGUGAAACGUAUCUGCAAGAGGCAAAAACACCUUCAAUUUGUUAUUGUAAAAGUGAAUUCUUUGUCCUUGAAUUGUAAAUGCCUGUGUUGCUGUUAAUUGGAUUAUACAUUUGGGAGAUGUCUAUGACCCCAAUAAAGAUUGAAUUUAAAUUUGAAACUCUCUGGCAUGGUGCAUUAAAAUUCACAUAACUAUUCCUGA